AUCCGUAGCAUUAUCAAGUGAGUUAUAGAGUACAACAGCGUCCUGUCAUAGAUUACAAAUCUAAUUGGGUCUUUGGUCUAUGACAGGACCCGCCAUUGCGAUGCUCAUUGCUAUCACUACCAUGUACGAUGUGUGAAUUUUCAACUUACUUUAAUUAUUGGAAAUACAGGAAACCUCUGUUCAUCAACACAGUCUUUUAUUUUCUGCCAGCGAUAACAACUGGCGACGAGGAUGGCAGAAAGUAAAUCAAAAGGUAACCAAAAUGUUAACCCACAAGAUCGUCCGCACGUACCACCUAAUUUCAUAGAAUUUUAUGAAGGGAAACAAACCAGAUUCAGCAGGUGGUUGGACAGGUUAGAGGGAGCAUAUACAAUAUUUGGAAUUCAGGAUGAAGACAUCAAAGUGGCCUAUUUUCUGCACUAUAUUGGUACUGAGGUACAUGACACGUUGUGCGACUUGUUGUCGCCGGCGGAGCCAAGGACACAAACGUAUAGUAAUCUUAAGAAGAUACUGCUAGAUCACUUUGACCCUCAACCCCUGGAAAUUGCAGAAUAUUAUACAUUCCAUCACAGACAGCAACAGGAAGGCGAAUCGGCUCGUGAAUACCUGGCAGCUUUACGUAAAAUGGCGGCCACAUGUGGAUUCGGACCAUUCCUCACAACAGCAUUACGAAAUCAGUUUACCUGCGGAAUUGCAGACAAACGUGUGCAGGGAAAAUUGCUUGAAGUGAAGGAAUUAACCCUUGAGACAGCACUUCAAAUUGCAGUGGGGGCUGAAACACGUAAAAUCUCUGAAACCUCUAACACAAUAAACAAAGUCACAAGGAUUACUACAAGUAAGUCAUUAGUCUGCUAUCGGUGUGGAGGGCCACACUUUGCAAAUAAAUGCCGACAUUUAGAUGCGGAAUGCAGUUAUUGCAAGAAGAAAGGACAUUUGAAGAGAUCGUGUUUAAAACUGAGAAGAGAGACAAAAGAGUGCAAUGCAGUACAGGAACAAGAAGAAUACCAGGAGUUGCUACCGUAGAGGUGGAGAUACAAAAUGAAAAGCAGAGAAACCUGAAGCUGUUCGUGGUAUCUGAUGUGGACAACAACACCCCUUUGUUUGGUCGUCAGUGGCUACGUCAUUUUUUCCAAGGUAGAAUAACUGAUAUCUUAAAGGUAAACUCAGUAAAUUUUAGUAAUGACUCUAACAACCAUGCACUAGGCAGCUUAUUAAAGAAAUAUAGCAUAUUAUUUGAUGACUCUUGUUUAGGUGAAAUAAAAGGAGAACCUGUGUCAAUUCAAUUAAAAGAAGGAGCAAAGCCAACAUUUUUAAGAGCAAGGCCUGUACCUUUUGCCUUGCGAGACAAAGUAGGGAGAGAGCUAGAUAGAUUAGAAAGACAAGGUAUUUUAUUAAAGGUUGAUUAUAGUGAGUUUGCCACACCUAUUGUUGCAGUACCAAAACCAAAUGGCGAGGUUCGCAUUUGUGGUGAUUUUAAGGUCAGUUUAAAUUCUCAAAUAAUAGUUGAUGAACACCCUCUGCCUACUACAGAGGAAUUGUUUUCGGGACUUGCUGGUGGGGAAAAAUUCUCCAAAAUUGACUUAAAAUGUGCGUACCUACAAUGGAAAGUCCGGGAACAGGAUCAAAAAUAUCUCACUCUUAACACACAUAAAGGACUUUAUAAAUGUACACGCUUAAUGUAUGGUUUAAACUGUGCACCUGCAAAAUGGCAAAGGAAAAUAGAAAACAUAUUAAAAGGUAUACCAGGGAUAGCUGUAUUCAUCGAUGACAUUCAAAUUACUGCGGAAAAUGACAAAGUUCAUUUAGAGAGAUUAGAAUUAGUGUUUUCUAGACUUGCAGAAUAUGGAUUAAAGAUUAAUUUAACUAAAUCAAGCUUUUUACAAAAAGAAAUAGAAUAUUGCGGUUACAAAAUAAGUAAACUAGGGAUACAUAAGUUACCCUCUAAGAUAGAUGCGAUACAAAAAGCCCCACCACCCAAAAACAUUACAGAACUAAAAUCGUUUUUAGGGUUAGUAAAUUAUUAUGGGCGAUUUUUAGGGAACCUAGCCACAACACUUGAACCACUACAUAAACUACUCAGACUUGAAACAAAAUGGGAGUGGACGAUUGACUGUGACAUAGCUUUUAAAAAAAUAAAAAAGGAAAUGCAAUCUGACACUUUUCUUGUACACUAUUCUACAAAAUUACCAAUUAUUUUGGCAACUGAUGCUUCGCCAAUAGGAGUAGGUGCAGUUAUAUCACAUGUCAUGCCAGAUGGCACUGAAAGACCAAUACAAAUGGCAUCACAAACAUUAAGUAAAACACAAAGAAAAUGGUCUCAAAUUGAUAAGGAAGCAUAUGCUAUAAUAUUUGGAGUCAAGAAAUUUUUUCAAUAUUUAUAUGGCAGAAAAUUCACUUUGCUGUCAGACAAUAAGCCUUUAGUUCAAAUUUUUGCUCCAAACAAACCAUUACCACACAUGUCGGCUAUUCGAAUGCAACAUUAUGCCAUAUUUUUACAAACUUUUAACUAUGAGAUAAAAUAUAAAUCUUCUAAAGAAAAUAGUAAUGCUGAUGGGUUGUCACGUUUACCAAUUCAAAUGAAAGAAACAAACUUAUGUGAAGAAUCUGAUAUUAUUGAAAUAAAUCAGAUCACAACCCUACCAAUAACAGUACAAGAAUUAGCUGCUGAAACUUGUAAUGAUGUGCAAUUAAAAAUACUAUUGGAAAAUUUAUUAUUAGGUAAAAAACUAUCUCCUAAAGACAGAUUCAACAUUGACCAAAGUGAAUUUUCUGUUCAAAGCGGAUGUAUUAUGAGGGGCCAAAGAGUAGUAAUACCGGUGAAUUUAAGGAAGAGAGUUUUACAUGAUUUACACAGUGGCCAUUUCGGUAUUAACAAAAUGAUACUCCUCGCUCGAAGUUUUUGCUGGUGGCCAGAGAUAGAUAAUGAUAUUAAAUUAAUGGUAGAUAACUGUAUAGCUUGUUGCAAACAAAAAAAUAACCCAAAACAAGUAGAGAAACACCACUGGGAAUAUCCCUCAGAACCAUUUGAGCGAGUUCAUAUUGACUUUGCAGGUAAAUUUUUAGGUAAAUAUUUCCUUUUAUUAAUUGAUGCCUAUUCGAAAUGGCCAGAAAUUUACAUAAUUAACAAAAUCGAUACAGAUAGCACGAUAAAAACUUUAGAUGAAAUAUUUUCUAGAUUUGGCUAUCCUAAAGUUCUAGUUAGUGAUAAUGGAACUCAAUUCGUAAACCCAAAAUUUGCUGCGUUUUUAAAACAGCGAGGAAUAUUUCAUAAGAGAUCGGCCCCUUAUAACCCAGCCACAAACGGGCAAGCAGAGCGACAUGUUCAAAUAUUAAAAAACAAGUUAAGAUCGUUAAAAGCUAACGACAAUAAUAUUCACGAAAAACUAAAUCAUUUUUUACAUCAGUACAGAAUUACCCCUCAUACUACUACAAAAAAAUCUCCAGCUGAUUUACUUUUUUCCUACAAAGUCCGGUCACGGUUGUCAUUAUUGUUACCCAAACCUAACGUCAAUAAUGGACAAAAUAAUUACAAUGUGUUAAGAAAAUUACAGGUAGGGGACAGAGUUAUAGCUAGAAAUUACAGUGAUCGGGAAAAAUGGAAAUUUGGUACUAUUUUGAAUAAAUUAGGCUCAUUACACUAUACAGUUGAACUAGAUUCUGGGGAGAGAUGGCGUAGACACAUAAAUCAGAUAAGGGGAGUCGGCAGUCAGAUACCAAAACAGCAAUUUAGACUAAUAAAUGACUAUGACUAUAAUAUUUCUAAUGAUAAUUGCCCUAGCAGUAGUUUUAUAUAUAAGCCAACCGAUUGUAACUCAGAAGAGAGGGUUGAAGCAACCAAUGAUAAAGUUGAGAGUACUAAUAAUAAUUCUGCUAAUGUUGAAGCAAACAAUCAAAAUUUUGAUAAUACUAGCGAUGAUCACAGUGAUAAUUGUAUUGCUCAACCUUCUGUUCUGGGAGGAAGAGAUGAAUCUCAGAUACCGUUACUUAAUGAUGAGGGUAGAAAUAACACAGAGAGUGAAGCGGUCCCUUUACGAAGAAGUACUAGAAUAAAAAGAAAAGUUGUUAAAUUAAACCUAUAAUAGAGUAAGAAAGUACUAUACUUAGUUUUGUUAUGUUAGAUAAUGCAUAAUGUUAGAUUAGAUACAGUUAUUAGUUCUUGAAAUAAAAGCUUAACAUUUUUGUAACAGAAAUAAAUGUUGUUGGGGGAAGACUGUUAUAUCCGUAGCAUUAUCAAGUGAGUUAUAGAGUACAACAGCGUCCUGUCAUAGAUUACAAAUCUAAUUGGGUCUUUGGUCUAUGACAGGACCCGCCAUUGCGAUGCUCAUUGCUAUCACUACCAUGUACGAUGUGUGAAUUUUCAACUUACUUUAAUUAUUGGAAAUACAGGAAACCUCUGUUCAUCAACACAGUCUUUUAUUUU